GUUAACGCGAUGUUUGUGUUUCGGCAGGCGUCAUCAACCGAAGCCUUUAAAAAGUCACGUGAGCACGUUACGUUACAAGCCCAGUCCAACGAGAAGGAGCGAGAUGAGACGUACAGCCAGCAGCAGAAACGGAUUCAGUCCAUCUUUAAAGCCUGAAGGGGAUCCCAAUGAUCCAGCUUUCCUGUGGCGGAAUGGGCAUGCAUUUCAGUAUUGCCUGUUUAACUUGCAAAAUCCCACCGAUCCCACUGCUGUCAAAUUGUAUGAUACUACAAGAAAGGACUUCCAGAACGUCAUGGAUGUGGGCUCUUCAUCUGGCACUGGAUUGCAAUAUCGUGAAAAGGCUGUAUCAUCCGAAGAUGGUCUAAAUUCUAACAUGGCAGACAUCCUAUCAGGAUCUGAGAGUCUGCCUAAGCACCUGGCUGAGUCUUGUUAUUGGUCUAAAGCUGGGAAGAAAAUUCACCCUGAAGGCCCAGUAAAUGGAUAUAUCUAUUCCACACAUAAUAUUGAAGUGGGUGAAGAAGAGAAGGUCCUGGUGACAUUUUCUGAGUCUGUCAAUCAUUUCUACGGCCAGUUGUACAGGAAUCUUCACAUGUUGGACAAAAUCUCGAAAAGUGUCACAAGGCUGCUUGAUGAGCCUCAAAGCUCAGAUUCUCCACUUAAGCUGAAUAGCACUUGCUUAGUUAAGUAUACUGAUAAUCAGUGGUACAGAGGUCUAAUAGUACAAAGAUCCCCAAAUCUCAAGGUUAACUUUGUCGACUAUGGGGACACUCUUGCUGUUCUUGAAACUGAUAUCCGCCCUUUGCCUCCUGAAGCAAGUAUCGCCAGGUCUGUCCCUGUCCAGGCUGUCCCACUUGGACUGCACAAUGUUCCUGCAAUUGUACCACAAGGAGUCAACAAGUGGUUUGCAGACCUCGCUGUGGGGAGCACUUUUACCAUUUCAGUCAUGGACAAGGAGAAAAAUGGGAAGCUGCUGGUACAACUGUUUGAUGGAUCCCUAAAUGUAAAUGCUAUAGUUGAGGCGAAAGUGAAAAAAAUCGGACAGACCAAGACGACUGCUAUGAGCUCCAAUACUGCCGAUCAAUUCUCUGUCUCUCAAAAGGCUACUGUGCAAAAUAAGAACUGUUCCCCACCUGAACUCCCAAGAACACCAGUGUCAAAGACAAAUGGACAAGAAGCUGACCUCAACUAUGAGAAGUGUCCCACAUAUGCCUUUAUGCCACAGGCGGCACAAGUAAAGGCAAUCAACACCAUUCUUGAGAACAUUGAUAGCGGGACAGAAACUCAGAACUCUCACAGCAACUUAGAAAUGACUCUGCUUUCCUCUCACUCUUACCCAGAGCAAAAGGCAGUGUACUGCAUGUACAAGUGGCCAAAUAUUUCCCAGAACAGGACUGUGGAUGUAUAUGCUUCUAGCAUUGCUGGACCACAUUACUUUUGGUGUCAACGUGCCAACACAGAAGACCUUGACAAGGUGAUAAUACUUGCUCAAGAGGCUGCGGCAGAGCAAGACAUCAUUUCACCUGAACAUCUUGAACCUGGUAGUCCAUGUCUUGCUCUGUUUUCAGAGGACAACCAGUGGUACAGGGCUCAAGUAACUGGGAAAGCAGAAAAAACGGUCCACGUCAUCUUUGUUGAUUAUGGAAAUGAGUGUGACGUUGAGACAAAGUACGUAAGAAAACUGUCCAAGACCCUGCUAGAGAUGGCUCCUCAGGCUUUUCUGUGUGGUUUGCACGGGUUUGUGGAUUCCGGUGGCUCUUGGGAUGAAGAGGUCUAUGAUGAGUUCUACAAUCUCAUUGUCGACAAACCGCUUAAAGUGACAGUUGUGGCCAUGCAGAGUUGUUCAGAGAUUGCAGUUCCUCAACAUACAGUAAUAGUAGAGUGUGACAAUAUGGUGGCACAUAAAGUCAUUCAGAAAAAAAAGUCACUUCCUACUGUGCUUUCUGUGGAUGUUUCGGCACAAACUAAAACUUCAAUCAAAUAUUUUGAAAGCACCUGCAACAUCCAAAACCUUCAGGCUUUCAAAGAGAAUGCAAUCACAUAUGCAUAUAAGCGACCAGAACUCUUCAGAAGUGAGGCCGAAAUGGUUUAUGCGUCUUGUAUUGUAGAGCCAAAUUUCUUCUGGUGUCAAUUCGCCAGCGCAGAGGAUUUAUCCAAAGUGUCCCAGCUAGCCCAGGAGGCUGGUAAAGGACAACAGGCUAUGACUUUCCCUCAGAGUUUUGAAGCAGGCAGCCAUUGUCUUGCUUUGUUUCCUGAUGACAAGCUGUGGUACAGGGCGUUGGUAGUUCAAAAAGGCGACACAACACGGCACGUCCUGUUUGUUGACUAUGGAAACGAAUCAGACGUUGACAUCCAAGACAUAAGACCUUUGCCUCAGAGUCUUCUGGAGAUGGUGCCUCAGGCAUUUCUUUGUCGUUUGAUUGGAUUUGAUGAGUCAAAGGGCUACUGGGUUGACCAAGCUUAUGAUUUUUUCUACAAUCUUCUGGUUGAUAAACCCUUGAAACUGAUGGUAUUCAGUGUGGAGAGCCAUUCAGACCUCCCAGUUCCUCAGUAUUCAGUGCAAGUUGAAUGUGAGGGUGUGUCAAUAAAUGCAUCCAUGCAGCAACACUGGAAACUGUUUACUGAAGAAUGUGCUGUUGUGACUGAGAACCUCCAAUCAACUGAUCCUAAGGUGGUCCCGCUCAGUCAAACAUUCCCCCAGUUUCAAGAGGAAUGAAAGACGUGUAUUCACGGACACAAAAAUGUUCAGAAAACGACUGAGGAGUAAAAUGAGGAAAUUUGAGGAUGAACCUCAUAUUUCUGGUGUUUGUCAACAUCGAAGAUCUAAAUGGGUCAUGACUCGCAAUCACUUCUAAAAAGAGACUCAUGGAAAUGUCUGAGGAUUGCUCAUUGCUGUCAUUCUUGUCUUUCAGAAAUUUAGCAAAAUGAAAUAAAGCUCUUCAUGGAAAACUGAAUUGAAACGUCUGU